AUGAACAAAAGGUUAAAUGAGUACUCUUUGAAUGUUUAUCAAGUAGUUUGUUUGGUUAUUGGAUUGUGUUGUGUUUGGUGUAGUUCUGAUGAGGAUUCAUAUACGAAUGCGACGGGUAAUAUAUUUAAAAGGCUCACGUUAGAUAUAGAUAGUCAAAUAGAAUCGAAAUAUGCUGCGAUGACCGAAACAAUAAACAAUCUGAAAUUCGUAAGGAAUAAACAAUCAACGCGAAUAAAUCAAAUAAAGCAGCGCCAACAGAACCUCGAGAAAGAAGAACAAAAGGCUUCUGAGAACAUGAACGCAACCCAAAGUGGUUGUAGCUUCUCUGACAAAUCAAAGAAUCUAGUCGGACAAAAGAAGGUUGAGUUGAUAUCUCAACUAGUCAGAGAAGAAAUAAUACGGCAAAGUCUUGAUAUAAUUGCCCAACAAAUGGACCAAUGGUUAUCUGAAUGCAAGAAUAUCCCGAUGCCCGAAGAAUCGCCAAUAGAGAGCAUACGUAAGCUAGAAAAGAUAGCAAAACGACUAAUCCAAGUUAAUAGUAACUUAAAGGGCCCACAAAAUCAAUCUCCGAAUGCCGAAAUAAGCCUAGCUAAAAAUGGUCUAAUCGCAAUAGACGCCCAAUACAAUCCCCAUGAAUUAAAAAGCCGAAUCAAAGUGAUCAUAAUAGAAGAACUAACGAAAAUACUACCUAAGAUUGAUACGUUAGGCCGGGACGAUAUAACUCAAGUUAUGGAUCCGGUGGUAGAUCAAUUAUUGAAACAUGAUGAACUCGAAAGUCUCGGCAACAUAUCUAGGAUAAUUGAAGAAGCGUUAGUUCAACUUGAUAAUAGGUCUAAAAACAUGAAAGUCAAAAGUGAAAGUGAAAGUAAACAGGAGCCCACUGAUUCAGAACCCUCUACUUCAAGAACUCAAUCAAGCAAUCCCCAAACUAACAAAUCUGGCAUGGACGGUAAACCUCAUUCAAGUAGGAAGUCUGCUGGCUAA